UACAAGUGUCAUUACUCCCAAGGAAACGUGGACAAUCAUCCAUAGUAGUCGAAGCGUUAAGCACGAGCUAAUGGCCUUCCUCAAUAUGUAAUAAAUCGCCGGGUAUAAUGUACGAUUAUUAUUAUUAAAGACGUGUGUCACCGUUUCCUAACGAGUCGCGUGAAGGGAUUCUUUAUGGCGGAUGCAUUUUACGACGGGCGAUGUCAUCGGGCGGCUAUCGGCUCUAGAACUCCCGAUAGACAAAACCAGGUGUGUUCUCCAAGUAGAGCCUUCCUAUGCGGCCCCAGAGAUCGGCCGGAGACGGAGAGUGGGGCGCUCAUAUAAGACACCAGGCAAACGCCUCUCCCAGUGACCAGUCUCGACACGAAAACUCAUCAGCCGAGCUUCCUCGGCUCCCACACGACGACGCAAAGAAAGGAAGAUUAUAUUCCUCAGGCAUAAACCGGAAUAUUUUGCCAACUAGGGAUUGACAUUUCGGGUUACAAGUCUGUCAUACGCUGUCUUCUCAGGAUGUCGCAGCAGAUCCUUCCGCUCGUCCUGGUGUUCUUGGCUGCGCAGGGUUCGCUGGGCCAGAAGCAGACGCAGGAGGACCCAUGCCAGACGAAGUCGCGGGUGGUGGGCGACUCCGAGUACUGCGAUCGCUACUGGGAGUGCGUGAACGGUCGCCCGGAGCUGUUUGACUGUCCGAACGGGCUCGUGUUCGCCGGCAAGCACCGCGGUGUCACCGAGGGCUGUGAUUACCCGUGGCGCGCGAAUUACUGCGACGGCAAACGCCAGGCGAAUCCGCCCAUUCCGACCGACCACUGCGACUGGCUGUACGGGAUCUUCGGCCACGAGACUUCCUGCACCAGGUACUGGACCUGCUGGAACGGCACCGCCACCGAGCAGCUCUGCAUAGGCGGUCUGCUCUACAACGAACGCGCCAGGUCCUGCGACUGGCCCGAGAACGUCGAGGGAUGUCAGAAGCAUCCACUCUGCAACGACGACGCGAACGGCAACGUGCCGCUGGGCAAGUCGUGCAACCGUUACUGGCAGUGCCAGGGCGGUUACCCGCGGUUGCAGCGCUGCCCGGCCAUGUUGGUGUUCGACAGGCGGUCGUUGAGAUGCGUGGUGCCGCCGACGGAGGACUGCGACGUUCCCACGACGCCGCCGCCCACCGAGGGCGAGUUGUCCGAAGGUCGCAACGAGCAGGAGCCCGAAGAGGAGAACCUGCCGCCCGGUGUGUCGCCUCUGCCAUCGGGUGCCCUGCCGAUUCCCCUGCGGGCGCGUCCCAGGAACUAGAGCCGCUGCGGGUCGUCCUGUCCGGCCUGGAAGGACGAAGGAAGCGCCAGGAGAUCCCUUCUCGACGAGUGAGAUUCCGGAGAUCGUCGAUCGGUGCGGAGAACGAGGAAAAAGUUCUCUCGUCGAGUCUCCUCCGAUUCUCGCGCGAUCUUGCAGUUCCGAUUAUUUCAUAAUUCCACAAUUCCGGUAGGAUCGAAUUUCCGAGAUUUUUAAACUCUUACAUUUCUUUUUUUUUCUUCAGCGUCUCGAAAUUAUCCCGGAUGUCGGAGAAACUCAAGUUCCGCGAUUUUCCUCAAAGGAAAAAGUUAGCUUCUCUCUCGUGGAUAAAAUCUUGAUUUUUAUCCUCGCCGCGAGGAUUUAAUUUUCACGUAGGAAUAUAAAAUUUUAAUUUGAGUAAAAGUGAGAGCAACAGCUGCCUUAUAAUUACACAGUCCGGUUCUUCUCAACUAAUGAGCAGGGAAUUUAUUAUUAUUUGAAUUGAUUCACAAAUAAAAAGUGCAUUCGUGAGAAGUUUAUCUAUCGGGAAAAUUAUAAUUUGUGAUCUAAGAGAACUUUGCUCAUGAAAAAUUAAAUAAAACUUUCUAGACAUUUAAUAGCGAAAAGAUUGCAGUUCUCAAAGCACGAUAAAAUGACGUUCGAACGCUUUUUACAAACCUGGAAAGACUGGAAUGAAAUCAGCAUGAGAUAUAAAGACCGAUUUCAGAAGUUUCAGAUAAUAUUUCAAAAGUAUUAAAUUCAAAGAGAAAUACGAACAAAAAUGCAGGAUUGUUUUUCAAGAAACGGAAGAAUUGGACAAUGAAAAUUGAGUGAUCAUUUUUGAGAACCGAGACUCGUCGACAUCCAUCGAUCCAUCCGUCCAUGAUCGAGCUCUCCUCCCCCCUCUCAACAGGGAUUCGUAUUAUUAAUUGAUAAUAAUGUUAAUUAAUGAACAUCUCGCUUUUCGGUUCCUGGACCGUUCACCAUUCGCCUCCGUCGCGUCAGUCGAGAUGUAAAUAUUUUCCCUGUCCUCUCACACCCCCCUUUCCCACCCCCGCGCUCUCGUAAUCGUAAGACUCGUACCACGUAUAUGUAGAUCGAUUGGAAUAAACUGUGUUGUAUAUUUUUUA